AUGCCCCCCUCACCAACCCCAAUCCCCCUGUUCGCAACAACCCAACUCCACCUCCUCGACCUCGAACACGCUGCCGAAGUCUCAACCUCAAAACUAGCCAGCACAGCAGCAUCUGUCUCCCCCACAACCCGCCGCACUCUCCAAGCAACCGGCCAAGCCCUCACAGGCCUCCUCCUCUCCCAAUGCCGCACGGGACUAGGCGGCCGUCUAGUCGGCGAGUUUGCGCCCGACCCAGCAAUCGCCUCAGAUGAGACCCGCGCCGCAGACGGGUCCCCGCGUCUUUCGGCGCAUGGCAUUCGCGUCGGCGACGUCGUGCGCGUGAACGACGUCGCGGGGAAGAAGGCAGCCAGCGGGAAAGAUAAGGAUAAGGAUGGUGAGAGCGGGGCGGGGCCAGAGGGCGUCGUUACGCGCACAAGCGAGAAAGCGAUCUGGAUUGCGUUUGGGAAGUCGGGCGCUGUGCGGAAGGAGGACGAUGAGGCUGUUGAUGCGCUGUGGGGGAAGAAGCUUUGGGCUAUUAAGCUUGCUAACGAUGUUACGCACAGACGUAUGAAACAGACGAUGGAGAAAAUGGCCAAAAUGCCGGAAUCCGAGUACUCGCAUUUCAUGCGCGUCGCCUUCGGCUACACCACACCUCUGCAGCCUGGUGCUGGAGAUGCGGCACCAGAUGCGGAUGCGGAGGUGGAAUUCAUCGAUCCGACCCUGAACGACUCGCAGAAAGACGCUAUCCGGUUUGCGCUGGGGUCGCGCGACAUCGCGCUCAUCCACGGGCCGCCAGGGACCGGCAAGACACAUACACUGAUCGAGCUAAUUGUGCAGCUUGUGCGGCGCAACAAGCGGGUUCUCGUCUGCGGGCCGUCGAACGUGUCGGUGGAUAACAUCGUUGAGCGACUUGCGCCGACGAAAGUGCCCGUCGUGCGGAUCGGACAUCCGGCGCGCUUGCUGCCUUCUGUGCUGGAGCAUUCGCUGGAAGUUCUUACACAGACUUCUGAUGCGGGCGGCAUUGUGAAGGAUAUUCGGCGGGAGAUGGAUGAGAAGCAGGCUAGUAUUCGGAAGACGCGGAGCGGGCGCGAGAGGAGGGGGAUAUAUGAUGAGUUGAAGAUUCUACGGAAGGAGUUUCGCGAGCGCGAGUCGAGGUGUGUUGAUAAUCUUGUGCGAGAGAGUAGCGUUGUGCUUGCGACGUUGCAUGGUGCCGGUGGGCAUCAAUUGAAACAUCAGCAGAAGUUUGAUGUCGUCAUUAUUGAUGAGGCGAGUCAGGCACUUGAGGCUCAGUGUUGGAUUUCGCUGCUUCAUGCUGAGAAGGUCGUUCUUGCGGGUGAUCAUUUGCAAUUGCCGCCGACUGUUAAGUCGAGCGGGCAGAAGAGUGAGAAGAAGAGCUCUGACGCCGAGAGCGAGGAGUUGCUGAAAGGCGUUUCUCUCGAGCGAACUUUGUUUGAUCGGCUACUUGCGCUGCAUGGGUCUGGAAUUAAACGCAUGCUCACGACGCAGUACCGCAUGCAUGAAACUAUUAUGCGUUUCCCUUCCGACGAACUCUACGAAGGAAGACUCAUAGCCGGUGAAGCAGUCAAAGCCCGUCUACUCGUUGAUCUGCCCUACGAAGUGCAAAGCACAGACGAUACGCAAGAACCACUAGUUUUCUGGGACACGCAAGGCGGGGAUUUUCCCGAAAAAGCAGAGGAGGAGAUCAAGGGCGGUGCCUUACUUGGCGACAGCAAAAGCAACGAGAUGGAAGCGUUGGUCGUUGCGAGACACGUGAAUAAUCUUGUCGACGCAGGACUCCGGCCUGAGCACAUUGCCGUGAUUACGCCUUAUAAUGGACAAUUGGCUUUGUUGUCUCGCAUGCUGAGAGAGAAAUAUCCCGGUAUCGAAUUGGGUAGUGUUGAUGGGUUCCAGGGGCGAGAGAAAGAGGCAGUGGUGGUUAGUCUUGUGCGCAGCAAUGCGGAACACGAAGUUGGGUUUUUGGCCGAGAAACGUCGGCUGAAUGUGGCCAUGACACGCCCGAAACGACACCUUUGUAUUUGCGGGGACUCGGAGACGAUUAGUCGCGGAAGUAAUUUCCUCAAGCACUGGAUGGAUUUUCUUGAAGAAAACGCCGACUUGCGAUACCCCGAUGCUGGAGAUUUAUUAUAG